AUGAAGAGGAUCCUGAGCGAUGGCCUCGUCUCCGAAAACACCCCCACGAAGAAGAAUAAGAGUAUGGUCCAUCGCCACACCCCCGAGCAGAUCCAGCAGCUUGAAGCGUAAGAGACCAUUCCAUUUAUUUGCAUCCUUUUGCUCUCACCUUUAUAUAUUUCCUCUCCGUCAUCAUUCUUUUCUCCAAAUUUUCGAUCUCUUUUUUGUGACAGAUUCUUCAAGGAAUGCCCCCACCCGGACGAGAAUCAAAGGAUGGAAUUGUGCAGGAGGCUGAGCUUGGAGGGGCGGCAGGUCAAGUUCUGGUUUCAGAACAGGCGUACUCUGAUGAAGGUAAAUGGUAAUGUCUUCUCUUCUUCCCCUCUGCAACUGUCCGUCCUCCCCUUCACACGAAAGCUGUACCGUCGGUGAAGGGCAGACCCAGCUCGAGAGGAAGGAGAACGAACUGCUCAGGCAGGAGAACGAGAGACUGAGGAUAGAAAACCGGGCCCUCCACGCGACGGCGAGGAGCCCCGUCUGCUGGAGCUGCGGCGGCCCCGCCGAGCUCAAGGAGCCGUUGUGGCUGGAGAACGACCGUCUUAGGGAGGAUCUCCGCCGUUACUCCGGGACCCUCGCCGGUCGGCAACCUCCUCACACGGCGGCGUCCUCGCUCGAGACCUCGAUGCUGGUGGAGCUCGCCUGGUCGGCCAUGGACGAGCUGGUGAAGAAGGCGCAGGCGGAGGAGCCCCUCUGGGUCCGCGGCGGCGCCGGCGAGGAGGCGGCGCUGAACGAGGACGAGUACCGACGGGCGUUCCCCCAGAGCCUCCGCCCGAGACCAGCGCGGUUCGUGACGACGGCCUCGAAAGCGACGGAGAUGGUGAUGAUCACCAGUUCUACCCUAAUCGACGGCCUCAUGGACGCAGUGAGUCCUCCCUCAAAGUUCACCUGUUCACAUCUCUGAGAAAAUCCUUUGUUCAUAUCAGAAGCUCUCUUCAGAAUCGCUGGCCGGAGAUCUUCCCUAACGUGGUCGCAAGAUCUUCCACCGCCCACGUUAUCAGCGCCGGGAUCGGGGGAACCAGAAGCGGCAUCCUCCAACUGGUGAGUCCCCACCUCUGUCAUCUUCUCCAGGAGGAGGAACUGAAGGUGAGCUCGUUCUUGAAGAUGACCGCGGAGCUCCAGGUCCUCUCGCCGUUGGUGCCCCUGCGGGAGCUCAGCUUCCUCAGGUUCUGCAAGGAGCUCUCUCAUGGCGUCUGGGCCGUCGUCGACGUCUCCGUGGGCACCGUCGGAGAAGACCCCUCCUCCCCUCACAGUCCUCUGGUCUAUCAGCGGCUUCCCUCCGGCUGCGUGGUGGAAGACAUGGCCAACGGGUGCUCCAAGGUGCUUCAACGGGAACCUGUUCUUGCCGGCGAUGAGCAGCUAUGGCCAUCUCCGGCAUUUUCUCCGGAGAUGAUGACGAUGGCUGAUCGAUGCCGCAGGUCACAUGGAUAGAACACGCGGACUACUACGAGUCUGCUGUGCAUCCGCUGUAUCGUCUGCUCCUCCGCUCCGGUAUGGCACUCGGUGCGCGCAGGUGGGUCGCCGCACUGCAGCGCCACUGCAACUCCCUGGCGGCGCUCUCCUCCUCCGCCGUCCUCUCCGGCGGCGAUUCUCCCGGCAAGUCCCCACUUCGCUUCCGUAUCUGGCUUCAUCUCUAUAGCUCUCGAUAAAGAUAUGAUGGGCCUCUCUCUCUCUCUCCGGUUGAGACAGUGGCGGCGGGGAAACGGGAGAUGCUGAAGCUGGCGGGGAGGAUGACGGAGAACUUCUGCGGGGGGGUGAACGCGUCACCGGCGAGGGGGUGGAGGAAGCUGAGAGCUGAAAACCUCGGCGAGGACGUGCGGGUGGCGAUUCGCAGGGCCAUGGCCGUACCCGGGGAGCUAUCCGACGCAGUGAUCUGCGCCGCCGCCUCGGUGUGGCUGGCGGCGCCGCCGCAACAUCUCUUAGACCUCCUCCUGCGCGGCGAGUGGAGAAUCCUGUCCGACGGCGGGCCGGUGCAGGAGGCAGCCACCAUAGCCACCGGCCGCCGGCGGGAGAAUACCGUCUCUCUUCUACGCGCCGGAGUAAGUCGUCUACAUAUACAGCUAUGUUUCCCUUCUGCUCGCCGGAGUCGCCCUCACUACCAUUGCAGCUUCUCCUGUCUGCUCUUGCUCGGACACGGGAUGAGCCAGUUUUAGAGAGAGAGAGGAAGCAGAAGGGAUCAGUUCCCAAAACCAGCCCUACCAUGUCGUUCUAAUCUUUUUGUUUUACUCGUGCAUGGCCACAUGCAGCCUGGCUGCGCCGCCAACGGCACGACGCUGAUCCUGCGAGAGGUCUCCACUGACGUGUCGUCCUCGCUGGUUGUGCACGCGCCGCUGGAGGCCGCCGCCGCGGACCUCGUCGUGAACGGUGGCGACUCCUCCGGCGUGGCGCUGCUCCCAUCUGGGUUCGUUGUCACUUCCGACGGCAGUGCCGCCGUGGGAGCACCAGCGUCGAAGACGGGCGGCUCCCUCCUGACGGUGGCGUUCCAGAUCCUCGCGAACGGCCUCUCCGAUACCAACACGCUCGCCGUUGACUCCGUGGAGACGGUCAACAGCCUCAUCUCCCGCACCCUGGGGAAGAUCGAGGCCGCCCUCCACUGCUGUGAGUGCUGA